AUGCGAGAAUUACGAGCUCAUGAGGAGCUCAAGACCGCCGGGGACUUGACUGAGUACCAGGAGUACCUGGGAAGAGCUAUGUUCGUGUCGCACCAGUGGCUCUCGCAUGAUCAUCCGGACCCUCAUGGAGAGCAGUUCCGGGUGCUGCAAGAUGCGCUGAGAAACCUCCGGUCGGGAAAAAGCCAGGUGCAAGUUCCAGUUCCUACAGAGGUUCAAUAUGGACGACGGAAAACUCCGACCUCCUAUGACUUCACUGAAAGACCUUUCUUCAUUUGGUACGAUUACUUCUCUUGCCCACAAGGGAGCGAUAGCACGUCGGUGCACUCCCGGCAAUGUGCCAUAGACACCAUUGUUGCCUACGUUUCAAGAUGCGAGUACUUUGUGAUACUCUGCCCGGCCGUGACCCACAGAGACCAGCAGCGAGUUCUGGGUGAGGAUGCCUGGGCAGAAAGAACCUGGUGCAGGUUGGAGCGCUUGGCAAGAGAGCUUGCAGCACGAGCUGAUGGGUUUGUCAUCGUGGUGCACAGUGCCACGCACCAAAAUUUGAUCUUCAGCACAAGCAGGCAUUUGGAUGCUCCUGGUGCAGGGCAACUCACUUUUGAGAGAGACCGGCAGCGUAUUGCAGGGGUGAUUGUUCAGAUGGUGUGGCAGAAGCUUCACUACUUCUUGGAGCAGGGCGAUCUGCAUAACUAUCGGUUCCUGCUGAACACCCAGGUGAAGUGUUGCCUGCGGAACCUAGGUGUGGGUCCUAUCGAAGGUCUUGUCCCAGGCUUUGUGCCGAGAAAUGAUCCCUUUGACGAUCCACAGGCUUUCAUAGUGGAAUGGUUUCUGCAUGAGAACGGAUUCCGCACGGUUUCCGAUCGUGACACUGCGGGGUGGACGCCCAUUUGCUACGCUGCCAUGAAUGGGCAAGCCAUGCCCAAACACAGUUUGCAUUAUGCUUUGAUUGCUGAUGGUGGUUCAGAGGCCUCAGUUUCAACUUUGAUCCAGGCAAAGGCGGAGGUAAACGAGCGGCUUCAGUUUACAAGGCCUAUGAUGCGGAUCAUGUUUACAGCUCUAAGCAUCCGACACCGCGUCAGCCCGUCUGCACUGACAGUUGUUGCUUGA